AUGGAUUAUGACGGGUUUUUUAAAAGGAGUAAAAAAGGAGAUCUAACAACGAAACCGCUGGCCACAGACUGUCUGAGAUUAAGAUUCAGAUCAAAGGUGAUCUACAUGUUGUGUAAAAAAGAAAACGAGUACACUUACUAUAAGGACAUUUGGAAGGUGAUGUUAAAAGUAUGCAGUAUGCUGGAAAUUGCAAUGCAACACUUCGAAAACAACAAAAUUCUUGUUUGGAUCCGAGAAAUCAAAGUUGCUGCUGUUUUGGACCGCAAUACGGAUGUAUUUUCAUUUGCACAUUGGAUGGGGGAAAGUAAGACUAAACAUUACAACAUGGAAUUUAUUUUGAAGUCAAUGCGAACACUCAGCGAUCGUGAGGUUGAAAUACUUCUAACAGUGGAUUCGAACAAUUUUUAUGAAAUAUAA